UUUGGCUCAAGCCAAUCUGGGUCACUGAUUCGCUUUGAACCAAGUAAUGAUAACGAGUGAUUAAAUGUAAAACUAUGUAGAAAUUUAUUCUAUAAAAAGGGCAUGGACUUUUCCCAGACGCAUUUUUAAUGUUUCAUUUCGGUAGUUAAACAGAUCCUACCUUUUGCCUCUCCUGCUAACUCCAUAAAGGUAAUUAGGUCGAGUUCUUAUGAGUGCAUUCUGAAGUCUAUAUGCCCUUGCACUCUUUGAAGAGCGGUUAUUUUGAAAAUUUCAAGUUCUAACUAAGGGAAGUUUAUUGUACUGGGCAUGCUUUUCUCCUCUGCUUGAUACCGGCACUGAGACAUUGCCUCUUAUUGUCCUCCACAACAAUGGCUGAGUUCGAUGAGAUGUACAGGCAGAAAAUUGCCACAUUUUUACGAGCUUUUUAUUCUGCUAGAUUUGCAAGGGAUGACAACGUGCCCUGCGAAAUUGAACCGGGUCUCUAUCUGGGUUCCAUUGGAGUGGCAUUUAACAAGGAUGCGUUAAAACAGCGGAAUAUUACACAUAUUCUUACAGUUGCUAAAUCCUUGGAUCCUGCAUAUCCAAAUGAGUUUAUAUGCAAGAAAAUUGAAGUGUUAGACAACCCGGAUACAAAUAUUGAGCAAUACUUUGAUGAAUGCAUCUCAUUUAUUGAGGAUGCAAGAAAGGCUGGUGGAGGUGUACUUGUACAUUGUUUUGCUGGUAGAUCCAGAAGUGUGACAAUCAUUGUCGCAUAUUUGAUGAAAGUUCGGUCUAUGAGUUUAUCAGAUGCAUUGGAUCUUGUUAGAAGUAAACGACCCCAAAUUGCUCCAAAUCAUGGUUUCCUUUUGCAGCUGCAAAAGUUUGAGAGGUCACUUCAAGAGAAAAGGGAUGCUAAGGAUUAGUUUUACUUGUCUGCUUCAUAACUGCAACUGCACGGUCUCCACAGCCAAGGGUUUGAAAUACCAUUUGCUUUAAGGAAAUUAAAUUUCUAUUCUUUUUUGUAAAGUGGUAUGUGGGAAUUAUGUGCUUUUAUAGAUUAUUUUACACAGUUUUAUGUAGUUUCAAAUUUUCAAUCUUU